AUGGCAGAUUUGAUACUAUUAAAUUUACGUUUGAUUGCACAACAACUAACUGAUCGAUUUGCAAAAUAUAAAUCUCGGCGAAGCUUUGUUCUAUUCAUUAUUGGAGCUACAACUAUUCUAUAUGGUAUAUCGAAAUGGAUGCCUCAUCGACUAAACUAUACAAACACUCACUAUGAUCUGUGUCUUCAAGCCAGAUUAGAACAAUAUGCCAGUGAUGUAGCAGACAUGAAUGCUAUUAUUAAUCAUGAACCGAUUCAGUACGGAGAAAUCGUGAGUCUACCAUUUGUUGGCAAUGGCUAUAUUGGUUUAUCUCUUUCAACUCAAUCUCAAAUUCAUCUAAUACCUGAUCCUAGUGUUCCUUUUAUUUCGAGUGGCUACUCUCCAGUUAUUCGAACUUCAUCAAAAAUAUGGGAAGACUCCAAUGCAAAUAUAAUUCAAAUGAGGCACGGUCUCGUAAAGCGUAUUCAAUGUUUUAGAAUAAAUAACGAUCGUUCGGCUUAUGUAACACAUAUGUUAUAUGCGCAUCGACAUCGUUCAUCAUUAAUUGUUCAGGAGAUAAAUAUUACAAAUCCAAGUGAUGAAACGCUAGAUUUUGAUUUGCUACAAAAAACACAAUUAUCAAGACAAGAUGUAAAACAGCUGGAUAGAAAAGAAAUUGAAUUUGAUUCGUCAAAAGAUAAAUUUCUCAUGACAACAUAUCAAUUGUUUACUCAAGAACGAAAAUCUAUUAUUGUUGUUAUCAUAACUAAUAAAAUAACUUCCAAUAUUCAUAUUAAACCUAAUGGUCAAAGUAAGGAAACAAUCCUAACUGUGAUUAAAUAUUCUUCAUUGAUUCAUGUUGAUUCAUUACUCAAUGGUACCUAUGUAAAAGAUUGGGAAAGUAAAUUACAAAAACAGGCAAAAGAUGAUCUAUCCGAAGCUCUAGCAAUAUCAUUUGAGAAUCUAUUAAAAGAACACAUAGACACGUGGUCAUCAAUAUGGCAAAGUGGCUUUUCAAUAAGUCGUUCAUUAGCACCAUCAGUUAUGAAUGGUGAUGUUAUAAAUCGAACUAUUUAUUAUGUUUUAUGUUCGACGCCUUCACCACUUUAUGAUUUACAAGUAUCGGAUACGCAGCGCAUGGAACUCAAUCAAACACUAUUUCAAAUUGAUCGAUGUUAUGAAAGUCAUUCAACGUUGGUCGGCGAUCGAUUAUGGCGAUCACCAGGAGAUGAUUUAGCUGUUUAUCAACUAACUUACCUCUGGCGUACAACUCUGUUGAAAAAAGGUUGCUCUUCUUUAAUGCGUAGUGGUGUUAAUGGUGUUCUUCAAUCGAUGCUACUUUCCAUUGGUGGUGCACGCUUUCAUAAUCAUCAUCUUGAAAUGAAUUUAGAUCCUAAAGAACUUCAUCGUGAUAUGUUUUUUCGUUCCAUACAUUUUGGUAAACAGUUUUUGUUAAAUAUAAGUAUUACAGUUGGACAUGACAAUCGAGCUAUUAUGGAUGUUUCAAUUGAUAAUGAAAAUGGCCAAGCAUAUGCAUGUGAUGCUGGUUGUUUAGAUACGCCAACUAAACUUAGUAAAAAACCUAUUCGAUUUCCCGUUAAAAUGACUAGUCCCUCGACUGCAAUCCUUUAUGUUACUGAAGAUUUUGAUUAUAUGACACAACUAAAAGAUACCUUACAUGUAAAAGAAAUUGAAAUAGCUCCUCCUCAUGCACACGAUGUUCUGGCUUUACAUCGACAUGGUCAUAAACUUGGUGGUUUACCAAUUAUAUUUUGGAUCGUUUUAGGAUUCUUGAUUCUUGUUUUUCAUUUAUUUUUACUUAAAAUUGUUCUCAACGAAAUGGGAUUUUUUAAACAUACAACACCAGCGUAUAGCAGAGCACGUAUUCUAUAG